AUGGCCUGGUCAUUAGUUCAACGUCUGCCUUUUAUCAAACGAGCAUUCCCCAAACAUCGUCAACAAGAAGGAUGUGCCGCUGAAUAUUCAAAUGUAUUCUAUUCAUGCAACAGCAGCAGCAUCAUACCGAGCACGCAAUUAUCGUCAAGUUCCACCCUUGGCAAUUAUGACCGUUUCACAGCUUCAGCUUCCACAUUUGCUACCACUGGGAGCAACCAUUCGACAUCAUUCAAUCACUCAACCUUGCACGAUAACAUGAUGGCUGGAUACUCAAACUUUUAUCUCAAGCUUCCGGACGGCCGAUAUAUGGUUCGAGUGCGUACGGCGGAUAGGAAAACAAUCGGCUCCUAUAUCAUUGAAGGUCAUAUGAUUUGA